ACAGAGGAAGGAGACAGGUACUGCCAGAGGGGAGCGAAGAGGGAAACGGACAGAAGCGCAACGCAUGAGGAAGUGGAAGUUUUUAUCUGAUGCGCAGCAAGAGAGGCGACCACUGGAAGACGAGAGCCCGGCCGGGAAAAGGAUGUGUCUGCCUUGUGCCCCGCUGGUGCGUGCUGGUUGGUGAUGUGUCUCGAUGGGCAGGAUCCGUUUCUCCAAUUUGACCGGAGGCGCUUUGAACUGAAGCUCCUCAGCUGCCCGCCGUCCUCUUUCUUCUAACCUUUGUGACAGUCUUAACAUCCCAUUCUUCUUUCGUUAGUGCCGCAUUUGUGCCCAUCCCGUAAGGCAGGGAGGGAGGCAGGCAGGCAGGCACGCAGAGACUGUGCCAGUUUUGGAGUAUUGGACGCGGAGAGGGAGACGGAGAGGGGAAGGAAUUUAAAGAGGUCCAGCCCUUUUCUGAAACAGCUCGUCUCGGUCCGGCUCUUGCGGUCAAAACUUUGAAGCAGAAGUGAAGACCCGCAGGAUCCCUGGAUCGGUUGAGAGCUUUACGUUCGUGUUUACUUGGGUCAGUUCAGGUAUAACUUUCUGAUGUGGGUGCAAAGUUUUUUGCUUAGCUGUAAACGUGUGAUAAGGAGGCGUGAAGAGGGCUGAUUGGCAUUCUUUCCGGCCAACAACAUCCACAUAUUUGAAGGUGAAGAGAGAAGAUGGGGAACUGUUGGGGGGAUUUAGCGGGGGGUCGUCAAGCAGUAGGUGAGGCACCAUCGAAGGGUGUCGUUGAUGGGAGGCUGGAGGUCAUGGAGGCUGUCGAGAAGAUUACAGGUUCACAUGGCUAUUGUACUCAACUUUCUUUUUCAGCAGACAAACUACGCAACAAAGAUAUUUUUUCCAAGAGUGAUCCGAUGUUGGUUGCCUACAUCAAGAAAAGAGAUGGUUCUCUCGAGGAAGUAGGACGGACGGAAGUCAUCUUGAACUCUCUGAAGCCACAAUGGAUCACGGACUUGACUAUGAUGUAUAAUUUCGAGGAGAUACAACCUUUAGUGUUCAAAGUCUACGACAUAGAUACCAAAUUCAGUGGAGUUCCUGUACAGAAAUUAAAGCUAGAAAAUCAAACUCACCUGGGAGAAACAGACUGUCUUUUAUCUGAGAUAAUCACAUCCCCAGGAUCAGCGUUGGUAAAAGCUUUGAGAAGAGAAAACGAACAGGUUGAAACUGGUCCAGACUGUGGUACCCUUACGAUUCGAGCCGAAGAGCUGCAACGGAUUAAAUUUCUCGUCAAUAUGGUUAUAUCAGGAGAGGCGCUGGAGAAUAGGGAUACCUUCUCCAAAAGCGACCCUUUCUUGGUGUUUUCACGAGUACGAGAAGACGGACAGACUACUCCAGCCUUCAGAACGGAGGUGCAGAAGAAUAAUCUGGAUCCUCAAUGGAAGCCCAUCAAAGUUACACUUGCACAACUUUGCAAUGGUGAUAAGAACCGGCUUUUGAGAAUUGACUGUUGGAACUUUAACAAUAGUGGGAAGGCGGACCUCAUUGGAUUUGCCGAACUUUCACUGAAUAAGAUUAUGGAACACUUCGAUAAGCAGGAAACCAUUCAACUCCAGCGGUUGUCACAUGGACCCCACAUGUCACAUGGACACGCGUUGAAGAAUACAGGGAUGCUGAGAAUUAAAUCAUGCACAAUAUCGCCCUACCAUAGUUUUCUCGAUUACAUUGUUGGGGGGUGUGAAAUCAACUUCAUGGUUGCCGUAGACUUCACUGCUUCGAACGGGAGUCCUUUCCAACCUGAUUCAUUGCACUAUGCUGACCCUAGCGGAAGGCCGAAUAAGUAUCAACAAUCCAUUUUGGCAGUUGGUGAGGUGCUUCAGCAUUAUGAUUCAGACCAGCGUUUUCCAGCUUGGGGAUUUGGAGGCCGACCAAUUGACGGACCCGUUUCUCAUUGUUUUGCCUUGAAUGGAAAUCAACAAGCUGCAGAGCAGGUCGAUGGUGUCAGUGGAAUCCUAUACGCCUACUCCCAAGCUUUGCGUCAUGUUGCGUUGGCUGGUCCAACUUUGUUCGCUCCGGUCAUAAAUAUGGCUGCCUCAAUCGCAUCUCAGUUUGUGUCUCAGGAAAAUCAAAAGUAUUUCGUACUUUUAAUAAUCACGGACGGUGUGAUUACUGAUCCUCAACAGACCAUUAAUGCGUUGGUACACGCUUCUAAUUUGCCUCUGUCUGUGCUCAUCAUUGGAGUAGGAGGAGCGGACUUCUCUGAAAUGGAGACCUUAGAUGCAGAUAAGAAGAGAUUGCAAACCUCAGAUGGUAGAGCGGCCCACAGAGACAUCGUCCAGUUUGUUCCGAUGGAUAAAAUGGAGAAGGGCUCGGAGUUGGCCAAAAUGCUCCUGGCAGAGCUUCCCUAUCAAUUUCUUGAGUUCAUGAAUCUAAAGGGCAUCGUUCCGGGCACACCAAGAGUGCCACCACAACAACCGCAGUAAACAAACCAAGUUCAUUUUGGAUUAUUUCGUGUUUCCUUUUGUCAGCUGCUGAAUACCUCUGCGAGUGCUUUUGUAAUCAUUUUCCGACUGUCCGCCCUACACACUUCACCAACACUUCAUGUCAGAAAGAGCCCUUUGCCUGGGGUCAACAGUGUAUAACAUUAUCGCAGGUCACAUAAGAUCAAGCUUUGCCUUUGGACUGCGUUGAUUGGCUUUUGUCUCUGUAGAUUUUGUUUAAUCCUUCAAUCUAAUAAAGUUCACUGGCAAGUUAUGAGU